CCCACGGCUCCCUUGCCUCUUGCCUCUAAAAUUAAAGUAUGGCUCCGACCAACGACGACGACGAUAUCGAGCUCGCCAACCUCCCGACGAACGAGAGCAAGGAGGAAUACGACCACGAUGAGGACGAUGAGAACGAAUCCGAUAAUGAAUACGAUGACGAGGGCAAUAGAGCACUGUUGGGCGGCCAUUCGCCGCGAACUGGGCCGAUGAGUGGGCCUAGAGUUCAACUGUGGCAGCAAAUAAAAAACAUCGUCAUCGAGGGCGCCCCAACAUUACUUUUCACUACAAUAGGCUUGCUUUUUACAGGAGAAUUGCUGGACCAAGUCUCUAGGUGGAGAGCCAUGGUGGAGGUCGACCAACUCAUAAUGAUUAUCCCUGUCGUGCUUAACCUCAAAGGGAACCUCGAAAUGAAUCUAUCAGCACGGUUGGGCACCGCUGCAAACAUGGGCGAACUUGAUGACAGCUCUGUGCGACGGAAAAUGAUUAUUGGGAACCUUUCUCUACUGCAAGUCCAGGCCACAGUGGUUUCCUUUGUGGCCGCUUGUGUGUCUCUAGUGCUGGGUCUGAUAAUCCCCCGGACGACCGAGGAAGCCCCAGCCUCAUCAGGGGCAGUGAGCGCCUUGUUCCUACACGCCAGACGUCCACGGCCAACAUUACCUCCAGUGACCGACCGAAAAUCCGGACUACCGGUAUUUAUCAUGGUUGCUUCUACAGCCAUGUCUGCCGCUUGCCUAUCCAGUAUCAUCCUGGGCUCAUUCAUGUGCGGACUCAUCGUGUUAUGCAGGUAUUAUGGGCGUGAUCCUGACAACAUCGCUCCCCCAGUGGCGUCCUGUCUUGGAGACCUAGUCACCUUGGUCCUCAUCGGAGCAGUGUCCACGAUUCUCAUUCGCUUCCUUCACACGCCCGUGCCUUUAAUAAUAUGCGCCAUAGUCGUACUCUCCGCGAUCUCAUGCGGCGUGUCGACGCGUCGAAACUCCCACGUCCGAGACCUUAUAGGACAAGGCUGGUCACCUCUCUUUGGGGCCAUGAUCAUCAGCAGCGCAACAGGUAUUGUACUUGACCUCUUCGUGAGUAGGUACGAAGGCUUUGCUCUCCUCGCCGUCGUUAUCAGCGGUUUACCGGGAAGCGUGGGUUCAAUCUUUGCAUCCAGACUAUCAACAGCUCUGCAUGCAGCCGCGCUGUCAGUGACUCCCAGCACAUUUGCCAACCGGCCAUCGGAGCCUAGUGCCCGAAUGGUUAUGAUCACACUCAUCCUUGUUACAAUCCCUGUGGAAAUCAUAUUUCUGUCCAUCCUCAGAUUAUUGGGUUGGCUAACCCUCCCAUUCGUCUUUGUUGCGUUCUCGGUGGUAUUCUUCUGCUGCGCUGUUACAGCUUCUCUCUUCAUUGCUGGAGCUUUGACCAACUUUCUGUGGUCGAAAAACCUCGAUCCGGAUAUGUAUGCGCUGCCUAUACAUUCCGCUCUGAUGGAUUUGAUAGGCCAGCUGCUUCUGGUCUUCUGUUUCGAGAUUGUAUCGCUGUUAGGCGUGCACGUUCGUUCUAAGAUGCCCUCGACAGGUUAAAUUUUUAUCGGAUACUAUUAAGAUACUCUUCGGGUUUGUAUCAUAGGAUACUCUAGACAAAAGUACUCGUAGAUUUAAUCAUUUAUCAGUAGCGGGGAUCCGUGAUAUAUUUCAAAAGGCCCCAAUGAUGGGAAUGAGUCUUUGAGUUGAGUAAUGUAUUGGUAUUAUGGACCAGACAGACGUACGACGAUUUUUGGGAAGGGCUAGAUAUGACGCGGUGGUGUCACUGUCGG